AGCGACGAAUCAUUCUAGUGAGAAGAUACACUACGAACAAGUCAAAAUGGUGUCCAAGGUUGUGAUCCUCUGCGCUUUCGCCAUUCUGGUUCAGUCCAUCUCCGGACAGAGGAGCGGUUGCUGCGGGUCCGGCCGCUCCGGCAGAUACGGCGGCUCCGGUUGUGGCUGCUCAUGCGGCAGCUCUGGAAGCUCUAAUGCCGUCUACGGUAACUCCAUCAACAUCCCCACCAGCGGCGGCGACUUCGUCGUCACCAGCGUCGGCCCCAUCUCCCCCUCCGGCAUCUCCGUCUCCUCCGACCUGGACCUGAGAGGAGACUUGGACGUCUACGGAGAACUGCCGUACCUGAGCGCCGUACAGUUCUCUGGCGAAUACGACACUCAAGGUUCUGGCUGCGUGGACUACAGCUGCGGCACCUGCGGGAACGUGGCCAUCACCAGCGUGCAGGGCAGCUCCGGCUGCGGCUGCGGCUCCAGCUGCGGCUGCGGCUCCAGCUGCGGCUGUGGCUGUCGCUAAGACAAUUGAAGUUUACAACUUCACAUCUUCAUGUCGUGUUUGAAUGUCUAGCUGCGGAACUUGACCUGUGUACGUACAAUGGAACACUUGAGCAAAUUGAAUAAAACUUAUUGGCUAA